UUCCCAUGGGAAGCCCGAGCAACGACAGACCUCUUCCUGGCCUGCACGAGCUGCCACGGCCAGCCAUGGACAUAGGCAAGGCCCAUGCCGACCCUGCCAACCCCCAUGGCGUGGCUGUUGCCGCCGAGGCGGACCUGCAGGACGACAGCGAGUCCGAGUCAGUUUCAGAGUCUAUCGAGAUCGCCGACCUCAAGAAGCGCAUGUGGAAGGACCAGUUGCUUCUCAUGAAGCUCGAGGGCAGCUCGGGUCAUGACCGGAGAGCAACAGCUCAGAGGCCAGGCACGGACCUGGCCCAAGCAGAGAAGGAGGCAGAGAUGCCCGAGUCAAGGUACCGCCGAAAGGCGAUGCUCCGGGCGCAGGACGGCGUCCUCCGGCACAUGCUCAGGAUGAUGGAGGCGUGCAACGCGCGGGGGUUCGUGUACGGCAUCGUGGACGAGACCGGCAUGCCCGUGUCCGGCUCCUCCGACAGCCUCCGCGGCUGGUGGAAGGAGGACGUUGGGUUCGAGCGGACAGGGCCAACGGCCCUGGUCGGCCCGACGACGGCUGUCGAGAGCCCGGGGUCGUCGUUCCUCCACGGGCUCCUUGACAUCCAGGACAGCACGCUGGGGUCUCUGCUCUCGGCGCUGAUCCAGCACUGCGAGCCCCCGCAGAGGAGCUUCCCGCUGGACAGGGGACUGCCGCCGCCGUGGUGGCCGACGGGACAUGAGGUCUGGUGGGGCCUGCAGGGCGAGACCCAGGCCCAUCAGGGCCCGCCGCCGUACCGGAAGCCUCACGACCUGAAGAAGGCGUGGAAGAUCUCCCUGCUGAGCGCGGUGAUCAAGCACCUGAGCCCGCGCUUCGACCAGAUGCGCAAGCUCGUGUGGCAAUCCAAGCGGCUGCAACAUAGGAUGAGCGCCAGGGACGCCGAGACAUGGUCCAGGGUCAUUACCCAGGAGGAGACGCUGGACCGCCAGGUGCAGCGCGCCCUGCGAAUCACUCCGCUCGAAGAGGAGCCAGGCGACGACGACGACAAGGUGCCGCUGCAGGAAGCGGAACGCGGCCUGCACAUCGACAAGCGCAAGCGAGAGGUCGACCACGAGAGCGCGGGAGGAAGUGUCGACAGUGGCAGUGGCCGGGAGCUAGGUGCGCUGCCGGGCAUUGAGGGCGUCGCGGAGGCGGACCGCAACUCCAUCGACGAGCUCAUGAAGAUGUACUACAGCUGCCUGCAGGGAACAGACUGUGGUGAGCAGGAGAUCAAGGACGUGGCGGCUGGAGGUCGGGAGCAGAGCAAUACCUCUUCUGCUGAGACCGGCGUACUGGACGCGGCGAUGGUGCACGAUGACAUGUUCGAUGAUUUCUUGAGUGUUGCCGACGUGGUGGACAUGAGUGACUUCCCGGGCAGUCCGAUUUGGCACUGGGGGAGUUCGGAUUUGGAUUAGUGGAUUAAAGUCACUCUUACGCGUCAAAACGAUAUGGGUUAUGCAGUGGAUAUGUAAGCAUGGGGUUCCAAGAAAAAGUUCCUCAAAAAAAUAAGCGUUGGGUU